AUGAGUUUGGCAAAGAUUCCAAACAGUACAGGUACAUGAACAAUUGAGAUUGCGCGGUAAGAGAAAAGUAACUAUAAAUAGCCCAUGGGCCAGGACGUCCAAAAUUGACCUUUCGGUACCACUUAGGGGGAGUAAUGCUACCAUGCAUUUUUGAAAACUACGAUGACUCUUGUUUAAUAUUACGUAUGAUAGCAGUGCAUAAUGAGUAGCUUAACAGGCAUUAUCAGGUGAUCAAGUGACGUCACUCGUUUCUGCAGAAUUGACACGAAACAAUAACUGCUAACAUUAUUCUUUGCAAGCGAUUUAACCGUUAUUUAAGGGUACUUUAAGUAUGAAAAUGAUAUAAGUUUGCCCCAGGUGGGUUUUUAAAUUUCUGAGUUACAAAUUAUUUGAGUUUCAACGAUUUUUUUCAAUGGCAACGCAGAAAUAUACUUAGGUAUAAGCAAAAAAUUCAAAUUCUCGAAUGCGAGACCUAUUUUUUCAAAGUCUGAUCUCGCAAAAUUUUCACCAAAUGGAAGACAAAAAUAGCAACUGAUUUACAGCCAUUAGUUAAGUUAGAUGCCACUGCUACGAAGACAAGAUAUCUUCAUUGAUAUCCGUACGCCAUCUUGGAUCCGCCAUCUUCGAUAUUGAGAUGCGAUUCUUCUAAUUAACAAUUGGUUCAUACUUUAGCGUGCACUAUCGAGUUAUGGAGCACGUGGGAAGUUUGGAGAGCACGAAAGAAGCGUAAGAGUUGCCCGAGGCAAUAGCCGAGGGCACUCUAGCUUCUUGAGUCUAGCUGCUUGAGUCUAGCUUCUCUUCUCGGGCAACUCUUACGCUUCUUUCGUGCUCUCCAAACUUCCCACGUGCUCCAUAACUCGAUAGUGCACAGCUAAAAGCAUGAACCAAUUGUUUUAUAACGUAGCCGGUGGAAUUGUACAUAAAAUCCGACGCGAAAAACGGACAACAAGAUCAGAAGUGAUUGUUCGUGGUAAGCGAAAUAUUAAGUGAAGUGAAGCGAAUCGUGCCGGCGCUGAUGCCGAGUCUCUUUUUCCAUUGUUUUUCUCUUUUUCUGCCUCAUUUAAGAACUCUAGCCCAAGGGAGAAGGUCGGAAAAUUGUCUUCGUUUUGGGGCUGGUGUGCUGAGUCUCUGUUUGUAUCCAUUAUUGUCGCGAAAUAUAUUAUUUUUCCCCGCGCUAACAAUGGCCCCAAGCGCGAGAAAAAAAAUUUCUGGCGAAGCUAUCAGCGUGCACUAUCGGGAUUUUGAGCACGCUUACGUAUACUGAAUUUGAUUGCGCGGCUCUGAUAGCUAUGUUAUAACACAUAAUGGAGCCAAAUUGUCUAAAAACUGAAACCACUCUACGUUUAAGUCAAAGCACUUAUCAUUUCAUCUUCAAAUGCUUCCGUGAGUUUAAGAAGGGCAAAAAUUGAUACGAAAUAUUUGAAAAAAGGGAGUAAUUCAAGUACAUUAAUUUGCCUGAGAACCAAAUUUACAUUGAGGAAUGAUAGCUUUAUAAUUGUCUCAUCUAAAAAUGUAUAGUCUACGGAUGUUUUUUUUUUGUGGAGUUUUAGUCUUCAACCUCAUCCACAUCGUCCUCAGAAAAAUCAUCAUCAUACAUCUCCUCCUCCUCCUCUGCAAGAUUGUUGCAAUUGCGAAGCCGGCACUAAUCGGUGCAUUUCAGACCAUUUAUGAGGCAUGUACAGGUGGGUAAUUUGCAUGAUCUUGCAUAGGAACAAUAGAAAAACUCAAGAAGAACUCCAGGUGCUGGUUCCCCAUUCAUCCAUUAAAAUGGAUAGUUAGGUGAAGGGAAUUGAGGGCGGCUUUGUAGACUCCUUCUCCAAACCGCACUACUUGAUAAUUUGCCCUCAGGGAGUGCAUCCGUAAACAGUCUGCACAAGGGGGUAGCUGGUUCGAGUCAACUUGUUUCGCACAAAAUAACCUAUAACAAUAAUCAUUCCUUAAUCAAAAAGCCCCAGACCAGUUAACAAAUAAGAUAAACAAAUAAGGGCAUAACUUCCCCAUACCAAUAACGCAGUUCGUUGACAUCAGACGCCUUUGAGGCGAAGUUUUAUCCGAUGACAUCCUAAGCGACUUGAACCUCAUUACGGAAAGAAAUGUUAAUUCCAGUCCAACCGCUAUCUUUUUGCUUCUCUUUUACAUAGAGUGGCACCAAAAUUCAAAGCCAACUCUUCUUUCUUGCCUCUGCCAAGAUCUCCACAGCAGUUACCUCGACGAACGCUCGGGCGCGAGGACAUUAUUCUCAUUAAUCUCUACCAAGAUUGCUGUUGUUUGAGAAACUUUCGCUAAUUCUCGCUUCAUCGUUAAAAGACUUCAACAUUUCCUGUAAUAACUUACUGAGGGAAUUUCUCCUUCCUUAGUACUCUCAGCCAAAUCAAGCAACGGCGUAUGAUUUCUAAUGGUAGCCUCUCUUAAUAAUAAUUUCCAAGAAUCGAGAUCUUUAGGGCUAACAAGCAAACUUUCAUAAUCUGAGCAGUGAAUAAUACAAAUUUCAUAAGCUAAUAAGUUGUGACUUUUUAAAGCCUUAUCUCUUUCCAAGUUUGACUUCAUGUUUUUAUUGAAAUUUUCUCUCAAAUUAAAUCAUAAAUUUUGGCUUUUAGACAAAAAUCAUAAGUUUGACUUCAUGUUUUUUAUUGAAAUUUUCUCUCAAAUUAAAUCAUAAAUUUUGGCUUUUAGACAAAAAUCAUUUUGAAAUACUGUACAAUGUUGAAGAUACUGAUUUAUUUGAUGAAAAAACAAAGGUGGCAUUUAAAAUAAUCGUUUUCUUGUCAGCCCCGUUUCCAUGUUAAAGCAGAAUUUUUUCAAGUAAAAAAUAAAAGUAGUGUAAGCUACUCUUUCACGAUUGCUAUCAAGGGAAUUUGAAAAGUCUUUCACAUAACAUUUCAUCAGAUGACACUCACAUUUUCUUCCCCUGAGUGGUACCGAGAACCUACUCUGGCCCAUGGACUAAGAGACUUUUUCAUGACGUUAGCAGCGACGGGAAACGGGAAAACAUAAUCCUAACUUUGCCCACUCGUCCAGCAAUCCUCACACCAAUACAGAGGUAGGAUUGAAAACGACUUUUCUGGUCACUAUAAACUGAAAUAUUCGGAGACAUAAACGCACGAAGUUCAAUUUUCGUCAUUCGACGUAAACAUCUUGUUAAACCUCCCUAAUACGAAUGCCAACGGCGAAGAACGAAGAAGAUUUUUUGUAUACCUAUCGCCAUAAAUGCUUUGAUCUAAAUAGGUUACGUAAAAAACGUUUCAAUGGAGGCUAGUGGUUCCGAAAAAAAAAAUAUACAUAUAUUCAUAACCUCAAUUACAGAUUCUUAAUCAUCGAAAACUAUAUCAUCAUAUGGUAACGUAUAAUCGUCUACUCUCAAAAAUCUUUUUAACUGUCUUUCUUUUUAUUGAUAUCCAUUUCCACCUUCCUUGUGACGACUUUGUGUACAACUCCAAUCUAUGUCAGGAGUCAAACUCGACGGGGCAAUCGUCACACAUCCACACGCCGAUCACUUAGAUGGCGUGGAAAGACUCUUUAGGGAGCUCCUCCCCGACGUGUACCAAGAAAGCGUCACAUCAGCCAGCCCAGACAAAAGAUUGAUUUGCAAUGGUCCUGUAUUACUCACAAGAAAAUUUGCUCAGGACGGAAAAGCUUAUCGCAGCUUCUCUGAGUUUCUCUUAAAGACGAAAUUCGAGAUAAGCCUAGACAUUGACGACAUACAGAAUGCUUUCGGAAAUGAUAUUAUCUUUUCUUUUCCUACGUCGCCUGGUGUUCUAUACCAGCGUCACAAGCCAUCCAAAGAUGAGAAGCCUCACCUGGAGGAGAAGCAAAGAAGCAAGUUGAAAGGGGGAACUGAAGACAAAGAUUUGAACAAAUCAAGCAUCAUUCUUUACACUAAAGAAGGAGGCAAGAUCUGUUUGACUGGGGAUGCUUACGGCUAUGACAUUGUGGCAAUGCUUCGAGGUCACGAGGCUUAUGAUCUGGACAUCUUCAAGUUACCUCACCACGGGAGCUCUAAGAACAGCAUUUUAGGAAAGGUCAUGCCACCUUCAUGGGCCUUUCAAAAUUUGGCGGCGAUGGUGUUACUGUCGUUGAGUCUAAACCAGAAGAUCUUAUGCGACAAGAACCCUGAAGAGGAGAGAGACCUUGAUUACUUUCGUCAGCAGCUAAUAAGAGGACCUGGAAUGGGAAACGGAGAGGCCGUUCAGCGGAUCGCCGACAAGUUCCUAGAGGUAAUUAAAAAGCAACUGAAAAACACAACGAAGGAAACACCAGAAGAGUUAUUUCACAAAGUGAAAGAGAAGCACCUUGAGGUUCUGGCAGCGCUUCAGCAGCCGUCUGAAUGCGUCGACCCAUGUAAGAAUGUAGAAGCUUUAAGUGGUUUAGCAAACUGGGAGAGUCUGAAGAAAAACGUUGCCGAUGAUUUAGUUUUUCCAAGGGUUUCUACAAAUUUAAAGAAGAGGAAGAUUGAAUGGUGGCCUCUAGUCGUAAGCCUCAUGGGUAAUGACAAUAUUUUUCAAGACUACUUUGCCGGAAAAAUUGGUAUUGAUGGCUUUUUUGAGUCCUUCCAUUCCAAGACAUACUACGUAUCUGCCAGCGGAAGAUAUGAACACCCUUCACCAGAUGUCAUCAAGGGAAUCAUAAAAGCUGCCGUGAAAAAGAACAAGCCAUGCAGAGUCGUGUUCACCUCUGGGGGAGCCGUUCCGUCUUCAUAUCUUCCUAAUGUAAAUGAAAAACCGUUCCAGCAGUGGAAUAAGCUUGUCUCUCUUUACUACCUGAAGAAUAACGUUUCAUUUAAGUUGGACCCAAACGAGGAAAUUAAUACUGCACCUGUUGGAACAAGCAGAUUUGAGAACGACGACAAUGUGCGAAUCGAUGUUUCUCAACAACUGGGAAAAAACGAUGGAUUCACCAUCCCACGGAGGUCAUUUCUGCCCAACCUUGACCAGUACUAUGUCAAAACUAAAGGAUCAGAUGGAAAACCUCUUUGGCUUGAAGUAAAGAAUGACGGGAAACUCUGUCUGACUCCCAGGAAAGGUGCCCAGAAUAUCCUCAAUGUCUCCAAUGCUCCAUCCAUAGCUGGCGACUUAAAUCUGAUUACCCUUCAGCGCGAGUCUAAAGCGAGUUAUCAACGAGACAUUUGGCUCGAGAAAGCCUCGGGAGCUGGAUUCUUAAUCAAAGGAUCUCCUGAGGGAAAUUACUUUUUUGAAGAAGACAGCUUCCUUAAGUGUACUAAUAAAAAAAAUAAAGCCAUCCCUUUCGUUUUCGACCACAAGACGUUUUCUGGUCCACUAAUGGAUGAAAGAUGGAUAUCCCUUAAGGAAUUCUUGAAGUCACUCGGAUCCAAAAGGGAGCAAAAAACAAUCAAUGUUAGAGGUGCACUCGAGCUUUUGCUCGGUCUUUCAAACGUGGAGCGCCUUAGGAAGGAACUACCCGCUGGAUCUAUCGGAUAUGAAGCCCUGGAUAACGAAGUCGAUAUGGAUUUAUCUAUAGUUGAACUUUCAUCUUCCGUCGAUUGCAAAGUCAUUUCAAGCAAAAUCCAGGUCUUAACCAAAUUGCGCCCUAUGAUGUUCGACGCGUCCCCAGUUAACGCGCUGGAGGUCGUAGUGAAAGAUCUAUGUUCCAAACCAGACGUGUCUCUUCUGAUCACCACGUCUGUUUGCUUUGCCAACUAUGCCUUAAAUGUUAGUGAGCAUAUGAAACCGAAAGAACCAUCCGUUGAUAUGUAUUUGAAUGCGCUUGGAGGUGUGCCACUGGAAAACCGCGACAAAUUGACCUUAGGGACAAUACUUCAGCGUGUAAUGGGAUACCUUCCCUUGGAGGCUUUAGCAAAAGCCUUCCCUACGCACCUUCUGGGUUUAGAAAUAUUUACCUGGAAGGUAGAUCGUUUUCUUUCGACAGUUAACUAUUUCACCUCUCCAUUAGCUGUCGAAGUACUGAAUGGAGACUUCUACCUCAUUCUUCCUACAGAAAAGAAUAAAAUCACUUUGGGUGGAGCACUGAUUAUAGAGUUAUCCCAGUGUCAUGUCACUGUAAAAAACCCACGCACCGAAAGGAGUGAUUUUGUGAUAGAGUGUGAAGCUACUAUAGGAACAACCGCUGUAAAUCUGAGAAUAGUACCUACAUCGACAGUUGUACCAGAGGUGAUUAUUUGCUUUUCUGAAAGCGCCAAUUUCCUUUCAGUAGUAAAGAUGUUAGAUCCUUCAGUAAGCAUUGAAGAAUUAGCGGUCCCCUUACUAAACAAAGUCAUCCAUGAUUUGCAACUUUCCAAGCCAACCAUUCGUGUUGUCCAAGAUAUCCAAAGUUACGACGUGACACGGGUUUCUUCUAUGGCUUUUGAGUUUGCGCUUGACAACUUUGCAUCAAUACUUCCCAGCGGUCUUUCUUCACCUCAGGGUAGCCAAGCAACCAUCACGAUUUUCAAUCCACUCAGCAGUCACCCUCAUAUUGGUUAUGAAGUCCAAUUUAAGUUAGCUCUUGCCACAUCUACAGAUGCCAAUGCAUUCUUGGAUUCGAAGUUCUCAUUGUGGCCAGUAGAUGCUUCCAAUCAUCACAAUUCCCAGGCUUAUGCUUGCAUCAUUUCGUUGUGUCCAAACCCUCCAGAGAUAUCGAUGCAAACAGCACUUGAAGCUAUCGGUCUCGGACAGCAGAUGACGUCCAUGAUGUCCUUCUUUCCGUUUAUGGUAAAUAUCCUGAAUGCAAUCCUGCUGAAUAAAAUCACCCUCGAUGUAAACUACCAGAAGCGUGCAAUCGAAUCUUUUUCUCUGUCUCUCUUUGUCUCUCAAUGUUCAAUUAUUGAGGAAAAAUUUACCAUACAAGAAGCAACCUUUCUGGUGCAGUAUGGGUGUCAUCAAUGGUAUGCAGAGGCAGAGGUGACGUUGCUGGUGUUUAAUAAGUUCACAUGCAGAGCUGCAUUUUCCUUGCCAAAACCAGAUGUGCCCGGAACUCUAACGUUCAAAAAUGGGGAUGAUUCGUUUACCCUUCAUCAGUUCCUUGAAGGCAUUGGGUUUUCCGUGUUACACGAUCUUCCUGUCAUCGAUGAAAUCCUAGACGUGAUGAUUUCUAGGGCUGCCAUUUCUUUUGAAAACAAUGGUUCUACACUUAAACUAACUGAGAUCGAGGCGGUAUUGAGAAAACGAACCCUUUCCAUCGGAAGUAUUAGUCUUUACAACCUUGAGGCAACAGUGCGUUACGCCGAUGUCCAAGGGCGUUCGCCGAUGUGCAUUUCACUGCGAGGAUAUCUGAAUCCGAAAAGUCACGCAACCUUGACUUUUGAUACCGAACGUCGGGAAUUACUGGGACACUACAUCUUGGUAGACAAUAUGUCCACGGAUGAGUGCUUGGAGCGUCUCUUUCCAAAGCAAAAGGAAGAUUGUUCCGGCAGUAAUGCAUAUAUGCAGGUCAAAUCUUUUCAUGUUCAAGAAGUUAACGUAAUUUUGAGUUUUCCAUCAGAGAAACAGUGGCAUUUACGAAAGGUACGUGUGCGAAUCGACGGUUCCCUUACACUUGGACCCUUUGUCUUGCACCAGCUCUGUCUAGUAUACACGACGGAACUGUCUGGUAACGCUACAAAGCACAUCUCAGUCGUCGGGCAAUUUAAGAGCAACGACCAGACCCUAAGCUUUACCGUGGAGCUCUCCUCUACAAGCCAGGAAGCAAGCAGUACCAUUUUGGAGGCGGUAAUCAAGCCAAGUUCUCCAGGAAGACUGACACUGUCAUCGUUACUCAGAUUUGUGGGACUGAAGAGUCCAGAGGACAAAGUUCCGCAAGUUGAUGGAUCCCCAGAUUUUCUUAACUUUGAAUUAAAGGUAAAUGCUUGUUGCCUUUCGUUGGGUAAUUUUCCGCUAGUCUACAACAACUCUAUUACAAUUUCACGCUCUAUUUCUCUUGAUGUUACUUUUAGGAAGCGUGUCUUCAGUUUGAAGCAUCCCCAUUUCGUAUUCGUAAGAUGGAUGCUGUAGUCAAGACGACAGUAGCGAUAACAGUACUCGAGAAGCCGCUCAUUCAACUUCACGAGGCAAGACUUGAGUAUCAUCAGGACGAAACAAAAGAUCCUGCAGAAGUACAAAUCUUCAUAGCCGGAAUUUUUAGCAUCGGCAAACUCUCCUUAAAUGUUACGUUCAAAAGAGACAAGCAGUUAGGAUUGGUGCUGGAAGGUCUCUUUAAUAAGGCAGACCACUCAACGAAAGUCGAUUUUGAGGAGAUGGCCAAUCAGAUAUCUCCUAGUGUACCUUUCAGUCUCCCUAGAAGUGUUGCAUUAAGCUCUUUCCUUUUCAGAUUAGAAAAAGGUGAAGAAACAACUUCCCUCAAAUUAGAAGGUGAAUCCCAUAGCAACUGGUCCCUCGAUGCUGGAUUUAGUACCUUAACCGUUCACAAUCUCGGUGGCAAGGUACAUUUUAAGAGAGAACGUAGUUCCAAUGCGUGGAGCGGCUCCGUUUCUCUUAAUGGAAAGGUUCUCGUACAAGACACCUUAGAUGUGGCUGUUGAAGUGUACCAUAACAGCAAAGGUGAAACUGUUCUUCAUGGCACUGUGCAAAAUCCACCAGAUAUUGACCUGGACGUCAUAACUAAAUCAUUUGCUACUGGUUCGGAUUCCUUAAAUUCAUGGAAAGGACUUCUUCCUCACGAAACUGAUGUCACUGUACGCUGUCCCAGGUUCAACAGAGCGUCUUUGUCUGUAAAUGUGUCGAGGAGAUUACUUCUGUUUUUCGGAACUGUCGCUGGGUUUGGAACAGGAUUGCUGAUAGUCAAGAAAACAGCCUCUGGCGAGAAUUCUCCUCGGUACGGUUUCCUGUUCGGUCUAAGCCUCGGAAAUGAUUUCAGAUUUUCCUCAAUCAAUGAGAGUCUUAACGUUGUUGAUGAGGUCAUUUUGGUGCAGAACGCAAACUUAUGCGUGAUUUCAAAGGAGUUUGAGCAGCUGACAGUCGCAGAAAUGUUGAAAGAAAUUUCUGAGCUUGAGGACAUUGAGAAGAAACAACUAAUGGCCGACUUACCUUUCACCAACCUAGAAAGCCAAAGCAUCUCAGAUCAAAAAAUGAGAAGUGGAAUGACUGUUUUUGCGAAGAUAGACUUUUCCAAAGGAGAAUCAAAGUUGUUGUCAAACGUCACCAAAAUUCAAGAGAGACAGAAUCACUCAGAAAUUAUUCUUUUUGCCCACAUUGCUGAGAAUGGGAGUGACACAGAGUUUAUGGCUCACAUUCCGCAAAUGGAGAUCUUUGGUGGACACCUACAAUUUCACGGAAUUACCCUGAUGUACCAGCCAUCAAAGGAGAAGACUUUGAGCCUGAAAGGAAUGAUGGGCUUGACAUUAACUGAAGAUUCUCAGCCGAUUACAUUUAGGGGAGGAUUGGAGAUCUCGGAAUCGAAGGCCGAUUUUACUAUGGAAGCUGAAUUUGAUCCAGGAAUCAUACGCGAGCCAUUAGGAAUGUUUGGAAUUUCAAUUGAGGAUCCAGAACUUCAUCUCAGCUGGAGAUUUGAUCAAGAUGAGAAGGAGUCGAUUUUUCCUGUUUGUAGCAUAAGUGGCACGGUCAAAUUCUAUAAAUCCGGUUCAACAAGUGAGGACAAACCUGUUACGGCGCUGACAGGAUCUAUCUUUCUUCAAGAAGGCAGACCUGUAGUAGCGAUGGUGUCGCUCGAUUUUAGCUACCCCUUGAGUAUUGAUGACCUUUUCGCUGCCUUGUUUGAAAGACAAUGGCCUUCGGGAUAUCUGGAUAUAGGCUUUAAAAAGGGAGAAAUUUAUUAUGCAAAAUCUAACGUGGAAAUAAAUGGAAAGACAUUCCAGGAAGGUUUCAAAGGUGAGACUGAGAUAGAGGUCUUUGACUAUGCUUUUGGAGUCGAACUGUCGAUAGACGAAAGAGGUAUGCGCAUUAAAGGAUCUACCAAGUUUGAAAUUGAUCUGGUUAUUGCAACACUUACUGAGAAGAACUUUGGAGACGACGAGGGUCCAGAAAUCGAGAUAUCUCGCUACGAAGGUCAACCAGAGUUCCAAUUACAAACCGGCGUUAAACUCCUUCAAGAAAAACUUGGUUCUUGUGUAUUGGGUUAUCAUGUGAACCAAAAAUGCUUUGUUGGACAAGUAACCUAUAAUGGCGAGCUUCUCGGGGUCUCUCAUCCCUCUGUCGAGUUUGAAUGGAGCCAGAAAGGUGGAUUCAAGAUUCGAAAUUGGCCUGUCAUUCUUGAAUUACAGAAACUCAUCGAUUUCGCGAAGGAGUUUGAGAAACUAAGCCAACUCAUCGAUAGCCCGUGUGAGAAGCUUAUUGGACUUGCAUUUGACAAGGUCGUCACUUCGAGGUGUAGGCUUAAUGUGCAGCAGACGUCGGUAAAGGAUUCCAGUAAUCUGAAUGCCUGGUUUGCGUUAAAGUUGCAGGGGCAGCUUGAUAUCAUGAUCGAUACUGACGAGCCUUCUCUUACCAUUGAUUUCCCAGAGAUGGUGGUAACGAUAACGAAGCCUUCCCGAGAAUUCCGGUUGAGCGACUUACCUGGGUUUUUAAUCCAAGAGAUUGCGAAAAACUCCUUGCAGAUUGCUAAACAAAUCUUUUCUCAGCCGAAACAGUUAACCAAGUUUAUGGCAGCCUUUGGUGGUAUUAAGCUCUCGCGUAAAGUCCUCUCAGGUCUUAUCUGUCGUGGAGCACACAGCCCCAAUCUGACAGAUCUAGCUGAGAAGGCACUCGAAACCAUGGUGGAAGAAGUAUCAAAUGUCGAGAAGGCCUUGGAGACUGCCUCGAGAGGGCUUGCCUCGUAAGUCUAUCCUCAUAAUCGUUUAAAUGAGCAAUCAAGCGGAAAAAGAACGUACUUUUAGAAACGAAUAUCUGAAUAAGACAUUUUUUCGAGAGACUUAUGUACUUAUAAUUUUAUCGAUCCAUCCUUUCUUCAACAGAUCAUUUAAAUUUUCAGUCAGACUAUGCAGAAGAACCCUUAAUGUAAUGAUUGUAAUGAUUUCCCUCUUUUUCCCUGUAGAGUGGCUGAGGGAGGAGCAACUUUGGCAGAGCUCGCUGUCAGCGCUGCAUCCGUCAUAGCUCAAGUUUCUGUCGUAGUUGCAGGACUGGGGGCUUUAAUGUCCUUCAUAAAAGGCAUCAUUAGCUUUUUCACUGGGAAGUCCAAAGAGCUAAAAAAGGCAGAGAAAAGAAAAGAAGAAGCGGAAAGAAAAGAAACAGAAGCUAGGAAAAUUGUUCAUGAUCGGCUAACUGUUUCAGGCCUGACAAUUUCCCUUCCAGAACUAGAUGAAGUUGCCGUUUACUGGAAACCUCUAGAACCAAAUGUAAAGUACAAUGUGAGACUUUCGCGAUUUGAUAUCGGAGAAAUGGAGACAAUUCUUUUAGACAAGACCACCGAAGACAACAAAGUCAACUGCAAAGGUACCACAGUUAAGUACAACAGCAAAAUUUUCAAAGUGUCUGUUCAGGCUGUCUACCUUCACGAUGAUAUAAUGUUUGAAGGAAAAGAGCAAUUGGUAUCAGAAGAAGUAAAACCUUUCCUUCCUCAGCCGUCACAACUUGAGGCUCAAUCAAGGCGUGAUGGAAGGGAGGUGCACGUCAGAUUCUCUCAAGUCAAGUAUGCAGUUGAUUACAAAGCUGAAGUCAUAACCUGUGACGGUACCAUAGUCGGAAGUGCCAUCGUAGAUGGGCAUUCCGGAAAAGAAGAGAUAACUCACACUUUUUACGCAGAAAAACUUACUUCUGGAGCUCCAGGUGAGACUCGCGUUCGUGUUUGUGCUCAGGCACAGGACGCAGUGCCAGGAGAAUUCAGAUAUUCACCGGAACUUUACCUCGUAGCGGCACCCAAUGAUCUUCAUGUCACGUACGAAUCAAAGCCACAGCAACUGAAAAUUGAAUGGAAGGUGAGCAACACCCAAAACAUCGCACGAUUCCUCUGUGAGAUAAGUUCAGUGGAGGCAAACAACGUAAUCUAUUCAAGAGAGGUGGCAAGGCCAACGAGAGACAAUCUCAAAUCUAUUGUUAAAGUACAGGUCAGUGAAAUAGCUGAUCAUGCAAGAUCUCCUUAUGAUAUUCGUCUAUGUUCCUUAGGGGAAAAAUCAACGCUUGCAAGUGUCUUUGUCAGUUAUAAAGAGAAACUGUCCUUCCUUCCUGAUGUUCAAGGUGUAUUUCCGUCAUACGACCCUCAGAGAAAUAAACUUACCGUUACCUGGAGACCUGUUACAGGAGCAACAAUGUAUGAAAUUAGCAUAAGGGAGAAGGAAAGCAAUUCGAGCGUUGCGAAAAAGCUAAUUUGCGAAGAGAAGAAAGACGAGGUGGUGUUUGAAAUGGAUGAAAUAAAGAUGAAAACUGGUUUGAUGUACGUUGUGUCGGUGAUUGCCCAAGGAAUGGACAUCCUUCAUCUUCCAAGUGUACCAUCUACCUCAAGCACAGAGUUUUCCCAACUGCCGAAACCUGCCUCUGUCAGUCAGGAAUACUCAUUCAAAGAUAGAUUGCUCAAGGUCGCUUUCAAAUCGGUUCCUGGUGCAGGAUCUCAUGUGAUUGAAGUUUUCAGUAAGACUACGCCUUCCAAAAUAGCAGGCAGACAUGUCGUUCAGAAGCCACAUAGUACUUGGUACCCAACAGUUACCUAUUCUUUUGAAGUCGAUAAAAUGUGCUUUAGCGAUGGUGGUCCUUUUGCGACAAGGGUCGUUGCAAUAGGUAAUGCGAGGUUGAUGAACAGUCCACCCUCUUUGAGCUCGACCCAGUUAAAGAGCGGGGAUACCCCGGAAAGCGUUUCCUUGAGGUAUAACAUCCAGUCCAGACAGUUGGAGUCGGUCAUCUCUUCUAAACCUGGACACUUCACUUUGUCGUUAGAGGAUACUGCUCACAGAAGUAACAAAUUGAACAAGCAAAACUUUGUCGUCAAACAAGAUGUUGGAGAUCGGUUGCUUCAUCAAACGCUCUUUAAGUUUCCUAUCUACCCGGCGGACGAACCUCAAGGUGCAGUAUAUCAAGUUCUCGUUGUGAACAUUGGGGAUCAAAUUAAUUUGCCUAGUGAGGUAAAAAAGUCAAACGAAGUGUGUUUGUUAAAUCCACCUGCUUCUGUAGCACAGGAAUAUAAAAACAGAGUCUUCACUGUUGCCUGGAAAUCCGUUCAAUCUGCAGCUGGGUAUAGCAUCAAAGUCUUUAACUCAAAGACUGAAUGCAUAGCUUCUGAAGAGAGAGUGACCCACGAUUUGUGUCAAGUUGGAAACCAGAUGAAGAAGGAAUUUGACGUAUUAUCGAUGUUGUUGGAAUCCAAUGGGCUCUACAAAUCACUGGUAUUGGUGCUAGGAGAUGAGGUCAACAUUGGAGGAGCGAGCACAAAGUCUGAAUCAACUAUUCCGUCUUGCUCCUCACCUAUAGACGUCAAUAUUACCUUUAACAACGAUACACGUCGCAUGAUCGUAAGCUGUAUAUGUUCCACCGACGGAACUGUAAUACUUGGAGUUAUUGACGCUACCAAAGUGAAAACGAAAGAAGGGGAUAUCCAAGAGGCACUGCUGGGAUGUAAAGAGUUAAAGUGUCACGGAGGAGGAAAGGAGGUCAUCGAAUUCGAUGAAAGUGUCUUAAUUACUUCCAUUGAUGGUCGCCACAAAGGGGUUGCUCAGAUGAUCGAAACACAAGCGCAGUUAUGUCUUCCAAGUGCCUUUUCCUUCUCUCAGGAAGAAGUGGCCUGGUUGAGGCCAGCUUUACCGAUCCACAUGACAUUCGAUCCAGGAAGUUCAACUCUGAAGAUAACUUGGACUCCUGUCAAUCUAGCUCUUCGAUAUUUGAUAGAAGUAAUACAAACAAGGGAGGAGAAGAAUGGAACUACCACUCUUAUUCCAUUUUCAGACGAGGUGCCGAAAGAUGCUAUCUCUUGCAGCAUCAACACAGAAAAUUUCCGCGUAAAGGGGAUUGACAAGUUUGUGGCCAAAGUCCAGCCAAAAGGAAAUCAGGGCCUAGUUAUUUCAUUUCACUCUAUCGGUUACUCUUCGGAGACUCUGGUUUGCGAAGAAUCUCCAACCAAUGUUGACGUUUCACAAGUUGACAACAAAUGUGUUAAAGUGUGCUGGGAAGGAUAUUCGUCCAAAAAUUUCGAAGUGAGCGUUUGGAAAAUGUCAGACUCAGGCCGUCAAAAAAAAGGAGCACGUAAGGUAAACUACUCUACUAGAAGACGUGUUUUCAUGCAUGCUGCUUGUACAUAUCCCUUUCUACCAUGAUUUUUUGAAGCCUUAGCACGCAAGAAAAACCUUGGCCUUGAUGUUUAGGCUGUAUUUCAAGGGGAGGGUAAAUAUCUGUGUAACGACAGUUUUGUCGUGAGUUCAUUUCUAUGCCCGAUUCUCGCGUCGCAGAGGACGUCUCGCUCAACAUCGGUCAUUUAUCACCCACAAUGCGGUUGUGUUCGGUGACUUGUGCGUGUAGUGCUCAGCUCAGCAUAACUGGUUGCAUAUGCUGAACCAGACUUCUGUGAUGGUCUGCAUAGUUAAGGUUUGGGAAUACUCAAGUCUCUUUAUAAGUUUUACCAGCCAUUAUUCCGACGAUUGUCAAUUGGAGUGGUCAGUAAAUUUUUGGGAACAGAAACCUGUUUUUCACUAAUUAGAUUUAGCCAAAUCUUCCUCCGACCUUAAAAGGACGUGGUAAAUGGACAGGGGAACUCAAUUGCCAUUUUCUCAUUUCCCUCUCAACGUGCGUUUUUGCGCGAACAUUGUGAAUAGAUUGCAAGCUUCGAGUGAGUCAGUCAUUAUACGUUCUCACAAACUGUAAACGAUGAACGAUGGUCGAAACGUUCACGCUCUGUAAUUUUACUUCAGGCCGACAUGGCAAACAUUUUCACCAAGAAAACCAAAUAGGAGUGCUCGGCCACUAUGUUACGUCGUUAUUUCUUGCUGCUCAAUUCAUACCAUAUCACGAGUCACCAGUCACACAACAAGCCAUUUAACAUUCUAACCGCAAAGAGAUUGAUACGGCUGAUACUGCACCUAAAUAGCCGGCGAUUCAAUAGUUCUAACCUGACAGUAAAAGUAUUUUUUAACAAUGACUCAUCCAGAUUAAGCAAUAGGCUAGAAUUGAAAGCUUUAACGCUGUUUUGAGUCCUCCUCAAAAAUAUUAGGACAUUGUCUCUUUAAAUUAAUCCCUUAUUCGGAAUUUGUUUCAAAAUCUAGGCAACCAGCCACCAGUUGACAUCAACAGCUGAAGCUUUAGGCAUGUCUUCCCCGGGCUGGUACAGAUUUGGAGUUCGAUCAGAGGGGUCGACCCACAAAUUACACAGUGUUUAUACAGAGGCUGAUUUCUUGGCUAUCAUCAUGGACGCUCCAAUUGCUAUUGCCAUGCGGAAAAGUUCUGCAGUAACAGUAAGUCAUGAACAGUCUGCUGGUAGGAUUAAGUUAUUUCUCACCGGACAUUUAUGCCGUUUUUUCAGUCUGUAAUUUCAUAUUACUAGUUGUCACUACACAGUGUCUAGAACAUCUUAUCAUUUUUUAAUUCAGGGCUAUAGGUUAACAUGAAAUCGAUCGUCCACUUUUGAAACUCUGCCUGGAUAAAUCUUAGAAUAUUGGAAGUUCCGUUUCUUGCGCUAUAGCACUCGGAAAUAAAAUCUUCCAUACCUGUAGCGCAAUAACUUAUGUCCACUAUUUUGUACGAAUUUAUACAAUCCCACACAUUUCAGCGUGAACUCAGGCGCUCGUAUUAACUGAAAUUGAAGCACAAUAAUAAUGAGGUUUUUUUUACCAGUAAGUACUCAUGAGAAUUUCAUGCAUGUGGGAUUUGCUAUUGUAGAGAAAGUUGAAAAGCAUAUGUGAGAAAUUUUCUCCUGUGCAAAAAAAUAUGCAAAGGAAUUAACUUGCUCAUCAAUUGGUUCUUAAAGCGUAAACUUUGGCAUUCGCAUGCGCUUUAGUUGAGACUGUCGGUGGAGUCUGUUUAUGUUUCCUUUGCAUAUUUCAGCUACAGUGGGUUCCUGUUGACAACAUUCGAACUCAAGAUUAUUCAAAGUACGUCAUCUUCUACCGCGAACACGACGAAGAUUCAGACUGGAGACAGGCAGAUGCAGAAUUAUCGGCUACAGAGAAAAUACUCGAAGAUUUGACACCCGACAGGGAGUAUUUAUUCUGUAUCUCUGUAGCGAGUGCCACACGAGGAAUUGGCAUUAGAAGCCCAGCCACCUCUGUUCACACUGAUGCCGGUAAUUGAAUUCUGUUUGUGAUUUCAUGAUCACCUUUUGUCCGUUAAAUCUUAGGAGCUCCAGCCAAAAUGCUCUUAUUCAUUACUCAGACAGUUAAAGAGAAAAGCGCUUACAUAAGACAUUUUUUAACGGCAACAGGGCAAUCUUGACUCAACUACUUUGCUUUUUUAAAAUUCUUUUAAUCUCGUUUAAAAUUGACUCCAAGAAAGAGAAAAUUUAUGAAACCAACCUUUCACGCAAUGCCACCUUAAGGUGUCCUACGUGCCUUUUAAAUUCCGUCUUGUUUUGUUUUAUACAUUUUAUAGACGUCGGACUGCAAGGUAAUUUGUUGGAAAAUCCAAACUUUGCACCUGCGACAGGAUGGAACGAGAGGGGCUUUGCAUAUGACAUUAUCACAUGCCCUUGGUAUUUGAUACAGCCUUCACUGAACCAAUACAGACUAGAGAGUGCACCUUGUGGUAAGAAAAACAGUGUAAAUGUACAAGUUGAGUAUACAAUGGAAAUGCACCAAGCGACACUAUAGCCAAUUCACAGGUUAUACCUCCAAGUCAGGGAUAUAUGACAUUAUAUAGAAGACAAACAUAUUUAAAUCGCAAUUCGUUCAAACAAUAGACUUUGUAAAAGAGAAAUUCCCUGCAAUAAAAGGAUUAAAUUGAGCCUGAGAAGAUAAACCGAAAAGGUAAUAGGUAAAAAGAAAAGUUAAUAGGUUGCAAAAUAUCAGAGAAAUAUCUGAUAACAAAAAUAAUCCUAUACAAAAUCAAUUGGGUGGCAAAUCAAAAUUAAGCUAAUGUAUCUUGUGGUCUUCACAAACCAUUGUAGUAAAUCGUUUCAUUAGCGCGCCAUUUACACAAGGUAGUAAUAUCUUUCGAUUAUUUAAACAAAAGCAGACCUGAACGCUAUCAAUCGUUAAUAAUUACCUCGCUCAAGACUCAGAAUUUUUCGUUAACGUUUUACAGCACCGGUUCUAUUUUCAUGAUGAUUUUGUCUUUUCAUGUGUUCUAGAUACUGAUGACUGGCCAGAAGAGAACAGAAACAAUUGCUGGUGUAUUGCAGCAGCUAGCGGACCCAGCAGUUGGAGAACUCAAACAAUCAAUCUCCUCGAUCAAGGCUUUAUUCCUGAGUAUCUGGACGAAAUGAAGCCAGCAAUUAAAGUCUACGAGUGGUGAGUUAGAAAUUUAGCUUGUUUGUCUAUAAAAAGUACGACAAUUACCCCCCCCUCCCCGCCUAGCAAGUAACCAAAAACAGCAAUAAGCAAAUGUAGAUUUCGACAAGCCUAACCAACCAAUGGAAAAUCAAAAGGAACGUAUGCAACAGCCUUUAAUGCAGGAUAACAUGAGGGACCAUUGGCUGAGAGGUCGGUGCGAACUCCUCAGACCCAGACUUCUUACGAAACUCAGGAUUUGCGGUAUAUUAGUCUUUAGUUACGCUAUAAAGAGACAAUGCACUGUAGGUCUUCUCCAUUAUGACUUUGCUUCUUUCAUUUUUUUCUUUUUAUUUAACUUCCUUCGUUUCUCUCUCUUGGAGGCGCGGUGGCCCCAUGGUUAUUGCGUUCGACUCCGGAUCGAGUGGUCCGGGUUCAAGCCCUGGCCGGGGUCAUUGUGUUGUGUUCUUAGGCAAGACACUUUACUCUCACAGUGCUUCUCUUCACCCAGGUGUACAAAUGGGUACCAGCAAAUAUGCUGGGGGUAACCCGGUGAUGGACUAGCAUCCCAUCCAGGGGGGGAGUAGCAAUACUCCUAGCCGCUUCAUGCUAAUGAAACCAGCCGGUUAAGCGCCGGUCCCAUGGGCCACUUGGGCCUGUAUAAAGGCUUUGCUUUCUUUAUUUCUUUCUCUCCUGCAGGUUUGCCAUCAAGAAAGGUUGCAGUGGUGGAUAUUUUAUCAAAGUGUCGCUUCUUGACGAUAAAAAGAGGGAACUUCCGGGAGAAACACCAUUUUUAGCUCAUAAGCAAGUUGAACUAAGUGAUGGUACUUGGGAGCGCUUGGGACACGUUUUUGAUAAUUAUCCCUCUGGAUUAAGGUUCAUACGAUUUGAGGAUGUUCUUGAUUGCCUGGGGAAUCACGGCCAGGGUUAUGCUCUGAAAGUUUAUGGAGCCACCGUGAAGUUCUCUUCAGGGGAAUGAAAACAGCGGUGACGAUGCAUUAGUUAUAAUAUACGGUCUACAGUAGUUUUCUAGUAGUAAGCAGGCUAAGAUAGAAAUGCAGUGGGAAAAAAAAAUUUUUUGCCGUGUAAAAUAAUAGUGACUUGUCUGCAUAUCAUGGUCAGGUCAUUUUCGUUAUGGAUUAAUUGCGACGUCUCGACUGUAAACUGUUAGUCUCCUUACAAGGAUAAGGUUGACUGAUUGCGAUACGUGUCUCCGCCAAAUUAAAUUCACAAGGAACUACGCAGACACGUUUGGGCGUCGGCGUUUAGUAGGUGGGAUUCCUUUUGGCGUGUUUAUAGUUACUAAUACCAAUACUACCAAUAGCCAUACAAUUGUUUGCUCUGCUAAUACUUAAAUAAAACAAAUAGACGAAAAUUGACUUAGAUAAGUUGAAUUGUGGAAAGUAAAUACUUGCAACGCAAAACGUUUUAAAUUAGGUUCUGAAAAAUACACACUAACUGAGUUUGGGUUUCGUAAAGCUACCUUUUUUAUUGUUAAAAGCAAAUACAGAAUGGAGGGGUUAUUUUUUAGAUAUUAGGUUGUCUGACUCAGAUUGCUCAGCUCAAAGCCUGUUUUUGAUCGAGUGGAAAUCAGAGUGGGUCUUGGAGCCGGCGCCCACUCGUUUUUUCUCGCGCAACAGUAGUUUCAAAUCUUAGGGCAAGCAUGAAUAUUGAAACAAAGAAAAAGGAACGGGUACAAAUAUUAAGAUUUAAUUUUUAUAGUUGGUAUAAGUGGUGUGAACAACUGGUAUAAACUUAAUUUUUGUUAUUUCCACCAACUACUAUGUUGAUCUUGUACUUUUAUUUGUAUCAUUAUUAUUUUUAUAUAUUAGAUAAAGAUUGAGGCUUGAUUAAAUGAGAAGAUGAAACUAUGGCUACAUUUGCAAUGUAAUUAUCCCCAAG